GUUUUCACUAAAUCGUCGUAGAGGAUUUCAAUUAUCUCAUAUCAGGAGAUACAAGCCCGAUUAUUGCCCACCAUGAAGCACUCCAAUACGCUACUAUGCUUCAGUGCGAUAGUCGCAGCAGCUGGCACGCUCGCGCAGGAGGAAUUGAACUGCGGUCCCUUCCCUGCUGACCCAGAUCCCUGUGUCUUUGAAGCCAGGGUGACUAUGCCCAUCGAACGAACCAUACAGUGUCUGGAUGCGCUUAAUCUGACCGCCACGGAUAUGCAGAAACAGAAAGACAACAACAUUGGCUACCUGCACCGACUAUUGGACGGGGUUUACAGUUUUGCAGAUCUACAAGAGAACACCACAGACACCCCUGGGGCUGCGCUCAACGACUUGUACCAAGAAGCUCCAUUCAGCUGGUCCCAGUACAACUAUUCGGUGCCUUGGAGACAAACGCUAUCCGAAAUCCUCAAUGACACAAUUAACACAAAUCUAUAUGACUAUACAGCACAGAUCACUCAAAUGAUGAAGAAGUUCCAGGACGCCCACACUCAAAUGGAAGCUCUCGAGAAUGUUUUCCCAUUCCAUACCUUUUACCCGUUCAUGCUUAUGUCAAGAAUGGGCAAUGAAACCGGAGAGCAGGAGAUUUAUUUUGUAGAGGACGCCGAUUCAGAACUCUACAACAACAAAUCCCGGGAGUGCGGCUGGCCUGGAUACGAAGUUGUGCCAGAGACCUUACUAGAAGAGACCAUCGUAACUGUCAAUGGAGUCACUGCGAAAGAUUUCUUUAGCAAAUAUGCUGAACAAAAUGGCAACUAUAAAAAUUCAGGUGGUCGGUUCAAUUCGCUGCUUGUGUCUGGGCUGGGCAGGAAUACUUUGUUCACUCCCGGCUUCCGCCAGAACUACAACGAUACAACUUUGAAUGUGGAAUUUGCCAGCGGUGCGACAGCGGUUGUCAAGCCGCUCACUUUGGCAUUAACGAAGACGAGAGGUGUCGACGACAUUCUUCUGACCGGAACAUCUCCCAGAACUGAUUUUAAUAAAGCUGUUGUGGCUUACUAUGAGGGUGAACCACUGAAUACCACCGAGUCUAGCGAUGGGCGAGUCAAUAUAACCGUUCCCGACAAUGCACCCGGGUCACCACUGAAUCCCAAUCCAUUGGAGACGAACCCACUUCCUUUCAACGAUAACUCUGAGGAAGCUAACACGAGACGCAGACGCGCACGUGACAUGAUGGCAGCAUAUGCUGAGCAGAAAGCGAAGCGACGAAGAUCCAACCCAACGAUUCAUGAUCUCGAUAUUCAGGAGAUCCAAAAGAAGUUGUGGCGAAACCGCAGGCAAGGCCCACUUAAUCGACCCGAUGACGAAUCUGUCGAUCCCAGCGAAAUGGAGAGUGAUAAUGGAAGCGAGGCAGCGCCUUCAGAAACGGCGGGAGGGGAAGAUGCUGAGACUGACGGCAGCGAAGAUUUAAGCGAAGCCGCCAGUGAGACGGAUGUGGCAGUCGAAACCGAAGGCGAAAGCGGUACCGACGGAGUAAGUGAGAGCGAUACAGACAGUGGAAGAAGACCUUUCACUCUCAAACCUCUACUCCCAUUUUUCACUCUGCCCAAACCAGACAUCCCCGAGCCCGAGCCUAACACACCCUCUCAGCAUCUCAUUUUCCUCAACGAUGCUGGUGCAAUCUACAACUACAGCGGAGUUCCUGUGAUGCGGUAUCCGUCUUUCUUCUCAGGCAACGAUCCGGAGCAAUUCAUAGUCGACACGCUGGAUCUCCUGGAUAUCUUGAUCGACACUUUCGCCACCAUCCGAAAUGGGAAUGAGCGUUUGGUCAUAGAUAUCAGCGGGAACGGAGGUGGUUUGACAAUCUUACCUAAUGUCAUGGUCGAUAUCCUUUCGGGAGGUACGAAGGAUAUUCGCCAAUGCCCAGUCAUCGAUAUCCGAGAAGGACCGGUUGUGACGUCUUGGGUUAAUAUGACACAAUUCCCGCCACCGGAGAUGCUGAGAGUCGAUGAUGACGAGCUCGAGGAGUUCAUAAGUGAUAUGGAGGUCACCGUGGAGUUCUUGGAGCACGUAGCACCCGAUGAACUGGAAAAAGUACAAUUUCUCAUCACGAACGCCGCCACCUCCAGUAUCAUCAACAACAUAUUCUACAAGAGAGUGCUCAAUGAACCGGAAUUACUGAGAGAUUUAAGCCCUAGAGACAGAGCUGUAUAUGUGAAUACAUUCAGGUCCGUGGUCACCUCAGUGAUUGCGAUUCCUCCACCCUUAUGGAGUGGCAUAUCGCCCAUCAACAUGAGCCCGUUUAACUUGAAUCCUUAUCACGAGAACGGCACAAAGCAAGAGGUA